ACUACGGUCCUAACGACAAGGAACGACUGGACAAGGAACAACAGGAUUUACAUUUAAGAAUAAACAGAAAUCUAUUUUCGCCGAGGUCGUUGAACGGUAGGAACGCGCGAAUCAGGACUACGGGCUCGGUGACAAUAUGGCGGCGCGCGGCGAAGUGGGGAUGGUUCGGUUCCGCGUGCUGGAACUAGACGAGCCAUCAGUCCGUAGCGACGCGUCCCCGGGGCAAGUCGCUAUGAUGGUGUCACGUUAUUCGUUCGGUUCUCGGCUCAAUGCCAUGGUGUAUCAUGGAUUCGCGAUUCUCGUUCUGUUCUCUGUUCUUCUCGUGUCGUGUCCAGUUACCUGUCAAGAGACGUUAACGAAUCGGAUGCGUGUGAUCAGCGAGGAUCUGGACCGGCAGCUAAACGGAAUCAUGGCCUUGCAGGCCCUCAACUACACGACGAUUAACACGACUGGGCUGCUAUACAACGCCACCACGAAGUUCAACCCCAAGGGCAUGGGCCAGCUGUACAACGUGACCAACGCGUUCAUCGACUUCGUGCAGAGCAAACAAGCCUACCCAGAAGGGAUGUUCACCGUUGAAAAUCAAACGCCAACGUUUCGGUACAGUUUGUCCGAAUGGAGGAUCAUCGUGACCCAUUACGGUGGUUUAGCUGGUCUAGCUUUCGUUGGUCUCCUUUUGGCGGCGAUUUUACCAUGCGUGGGUUUGUUCUUUUGUUGCUGCAGAUGCGCCGGUCACUGCGGUGCCAGAAGCCAGCCGUUCGACAAGAAACACGAUCAUUGUAGAAAGGUGUUGCUCAGCAUGGUGCUGAUAGCAGUAGCUACUAUUAUAUUGUUCGGCGUUGUCUGCGCGUUUGUGACGAACGAGUACAUGCAGGAUGGCAUCAAGGAACUUCCUAGCAACGUGAAAACCAGCUUGAAGGACGUGAAACUGUACCUGAGCACCACCAAGAAAGAGAUCAAUAAUCUUCUGAUGACUAAUUUCGACGAGCUUGAAAUUAAUUUGGACAACAUACUUCAAGCGAGCGGCAGAAUCGUUACCGAACAGCUCGCAGAAUAUUCUCAUGCUGUCUCUCUUACUAAUCUCAGCGACAUUGUGGCUGGAUUGGAGUCCAUCAAGGAGGAUCUUAAGACCAUGCAUAUAAUCACUAGGGAUCUGAGGACGAACGCCAGUGAGCUGGACAAUGUUGUACGAGGUGUUAAAAAUAAUUUGCUUCACACGCUCGCAGCUUGCAAGACCCAGCAUUGCAAACAGGUGUUGAACGACUACAAAGUGAAUCAAAUGUCCGUUCAAGUGGACUUCGACAAGUACAUGGACCGAUAUUUUCCGAAGCUUCAGUCUUUACCAAACGUCACCUCGGCCUUGCACAACAUUACCAUGCUGAUGAAAGGUAACAUCGUGUCGGAAGUGAGCCAAGGUAAAGAAUCGUUCCUGAAGAUACAAAAGGAUAUUCAGCACGCGGUGAAUCAGACCAUCCCUGUGGUCAGUGCUAGCAUAGAUAUAACCGGAAACUUUUCCAAGAACCUGGCGAACAACAUGACGAUGCUUAUCGACAGGAUAAACGUCGAUAUUGAUAGAGUUUACAUGAAGCAUCUGGAUUAUGCUCGAACGCAUAUUGAUCAGUAUUCACCGUACAGGUAUUAUCUGGGCCUUGGAAUAUCAGGAAUUCUGUUAACCGUUUUAAUGUGUCUGACUUUCGGUCUCUUCUGUGGAAUUUGUGGGAAACGUCCAGAUGGUUACGGGGACGACUGCUGUAAUAAAGGUUCAGGAGCACGAUUCCUCAUGAUGGCUGUCUGGAUUAUUUUCCUUUUAACCAGCGUCCUAAUGGUGAUCACCGUAGCGCACAUGGUCACCGGUGUUCUCGUUCAGCGAGCGAUUUGCGAACCUUUGAAGAAUCCUCAGGACAACAGGAUGUUCGCUCUGGUCGAUGAAAUUGUCCAGGUGAAGAAGAUACUCUACCCGCAGAAUCCGAAUAUUGAUAUAAACAUGAGUUACAUUGUCACAAAUUGCCAUCGAAACGAACCAUUGUACCGGGUUCUGAAGCUGAACAAUCUCUUUGACCCGAACUCGUUGCGCGAAUACGCUGGUCGUUAUGAUAUCAACAACACUAUUCAACAGUUACGUCGUAAAAUUAGUUUGUCGCCAGGUGUAGUAAUCCUCACGGAGAGCGCCAAGUCAAAGCUGAACGAUCUCGCCCAAAGCGGUCUGAGCGAUAUUAAAUUUUAUCAAUAUGCUGAGAUCCUUGCCGACAAUAUUACCAACAUCAAUCUGGAACAUUUGGCAAGGCAGCUGUGGGAGGUCUCAGCCAAAUUACCGGAAGGACAGGACGACAUUCGGGACAGUCUGGAGAAAAAUGCGAUGAAUCUGGAACAUUAUCACAGAGAUCUAGUGGUGCCGAUGUCGACGCUUAGCGAACAGUUAGCCACGAAGGCUCUCGCUCUCGAGGAGAAGAUAAAGUUCAAUCAUAGCUCGAUGGCGGAGGCAAUUCAUGACCUCGUUGACGAAGUUACGAAAGCGCAGCAGUUCCUGAACAAAGACGGGCCAGAAUACGUGCAAGAUCUAGCAACUAAGUUUGGAAACGCUUUUCUUCGUCAAGUCGAUGACUUCCUCGAGCGUGUAAUCGAUCACGCUUUGUUUCACAUUGGAAGUUGCGCUCCUGUUUCAAACGCUUACAAUGCCACUUUGGUCGCAGGCUGUAACAGGAUCUUAGAUCCAUUCAAUGGUUUCUGGGCGAGUGUUGGAUGGUGUUUGAUCCUCUUCAUUCCAACCAUAGUACUCUGCGUGAAACUGAGCGCGCUGUAUCAAAAAUCAGACCCUUAUCCAGGACCUCUAGUCGAAGCUGAAUAUUUGUAUGACGCGUAUGCAGACAGGGAUAACAUACCCCUUACUCAUGUCCACGACAAGAAAUACGUGUCUCAUAGUAGAGACCCAUACGCCAAGUACGAAAGCUACGACGGACCAGCAGGUGGAUACAGCGAGCGAGAAAGGGUAGCGGAUGCCCAUCAAAGCACAUCCCAUUACCAUCAUCACUAUUCAAGAUAUUCCGAUGUAGCGCCAAAUUCAACCCCUUCGUGGCGAAGCCACGAAUCUACCGCCCCCUCCAAAACAGAACCUCACAAUAAAGUCUUUAGCAUAUCGAUAGAAGCGCAAAACUGUGAUUUUCCUAAUGGUGGACCUCCUGGUUACCAGCCAGCCGCAGCAGCUCCUCCGCCUUUGAGCACAGAGUACGAACGACCACCCCCCUAUUAUUACUAUCCUGGGCCAGGGGACACAAAUUAGGAAACAAGUGCCGUGGCAUGCACAAAGUUAGCGCUGAGUAGCGUCGCUACUCACAGUCUCACUCGCAGUUACAGGAGGACACUCAGGAAGAAAGAGAAGUCCAGGUGCAGGCGAGACUACGUUUAAUUGUAGCGUUUCUAUUUGAGCGUGCCACGGACCGUGCGAACGGCGGUAUCAAUGAAAGACCAAGUUUAAUACAGACUGAGGUAGGCUAAAUGGAUCCUUCGGCGAGUGCAAGUAGUGUGAUCAAUGUGUGCGAUUCGUUUUCUUUAGUAAUUAUUAUUUAGACAUCGCGAAAGUGACGUUACGUUGUGUCGAAUGGUUUUCUGCAACUCGACAGCCUUUUUAUUAGCGCAACAAUGUUUUCUUCGUUUAUGUCUUUCUUUUAUUUUAUUAUUAUUACUAGACGAACUGUAAUGAAGCGAUGAUUUGCAUCGUUUGUGCUAUGUUAAUCGUUGGACAAUCGAUUUUUAACACGACUGAUUAUUUACCACCGUUUAUAACCAUUUUCUCUCAUGAGAAUGCCAUUAUGAUUAUCUUUUUUUUUUAUUCAAUUUGUCUUCAGGAUUUACAUGCAUCAAGUUUAAUCGUGACUCUAGAAGACUCGUUGUUCUUUUAUCGUUUUUUUCAAGAAUAAUCAUCCUAAUGCUUUACAAAGAAAUUUCUCUGAAAGCUCAGUUUCUCAUCCGGCAUUUAGUUCCUAGUUUCACACGCUCACACACAGGAUUGAAAUCAUCGUCUGCAUUAAUCAGUAUUAAUGAAAGUUCAUUAUCGUGCCUCCCUUAUUGACCCACUGGCGUACGCUUCUAUUUCACCGAACACAAAACCUGUCUAUUCAGAAAGUAGCGAACGUGUAUAUAAUUCAGCCGCUUGUGUCUUAUGAAUUUUCACUGUCUUGUACGCGAACUGCCUACCAAGGAACAACAGGAACAAGAAAAUAAGGAAAUACACAGAAUUAACAAACGAUUGUGACAAUGACCCUACGCCAAGACGUCAAUGAGCCGUCGUUACGAAGAGACUGUGCGAUCGAUUCGAAAACGUAUCAACGUUUCUAUAAAUUUCUUCGUUAGAAAUAAUAAAUAUCUAAUUACGACGAAUAUUGACUCUUUGCGUGGACCAAUUUGUUUCUCUAUAUCGAUGUCUUUACUCUUAAUAUUAUAAGCAGAAUCGUUCUUGAUCUAAAUAUUUCAUGAGAUCAUUCAAGAAUUUCCGGUGUUUAAACAUUGGAGGAUGCGUUGUUAAGCGUCGACAGCAAGGAGUUAAUAUUAAAUAUCUCGGUGUUUUAUUGUGUAUAGAUCUAGAUUUAGCCGCUUACAGAUUCGUUCAUGAAAUUCUGUUCACUUCAAAUUACACUGCCGUCUUGAACGAGUCGAGUCGAGUAAUUGAAGCAUGUAAAGCACCGGGUUUAACGUCGCGUCGAUCGCAUGGUCUCUAAAAAAGAAAAAAAUUAUAUGCGUGAACGUUCUUCGAGCGAACAAGCGACUCGACGAAACGAUUCGUCAGAAUUUCGAGCACUAAACAACGCCAUAUGUAAAUGCCAAACGACAAUUUCUUCGAAUGGCCCGUGAAAUUUGAACGUUACACUCUGUCACGUUCGUUCGAAUUUCACGAUUCAUCGUCGUCCUCGAUCUUGCCGAGGAUCGUUCGGUAAUUGUAAGGUAAAAAUCCUGAGACUAACUUCCAUUUAAAUUCCCAUUAACGGGAACAGUGAUUUCUUAAGGAUGGAAGAUAGUUUCUUGGCAAGAUCGUCGUCACAAAAUACUCUAUGUAAAUGGUCCUUUAAGUAGACGUUCUUUGUUUCUUACUAUUAACUUUAUCGUGUAAUUUACCGAUGUAUAAGCACCUAGAGGAAUAUUUACACGUCGCAUAGAGACGUUGUAAGCGUUAUGUUGAAUCUACGCGACGCGAGAAUAUUUUUGGUGAACAGAUGCAACAUCCGCUGUGGUUGAUAGAUCUUCAAUAUUUUUUUUUCUAUUUUUUUUUUUAACGGCGAAAGAAUAAGAUUCUCUGCUAGUUAGAUUCGUUGUUUGUAAGUUAUAGAACGUUUAAGGAAUAAUUAAAACCUCUUUGAAUGAAAGUCUUUUUGAGAGCUUUAGUGUCUUUAGAGGGAAGCAAUCCCUUUGCGGUAAGACCACGUUCAAAGGUGCAAUGAAUAUCUGAUUUCUGAUAGGGAACUCGGUUGAAUAAACCGCAAAGGGUUAAUGUAACGAGUUAUAAGCACGUUUCAAGUUUUACAUUUAGAUACUUCAGGGAGUUGAAUCGUCGACUGACAAGAAGCUAUUUAACUUGGAUCCUGAAACGUCUUACAGUUUCAGUAUCCAUCAGAAAUGGACUUCUACCGUUUGGUAUCUGAAACUUCUUCUUCGUAGAUUCAAUUUCGACGAUGUUUCCCACGUGCUUUCGAUUGAACUGUAGACAAUACCGUGCUACAGAAACACGUAAGGAUGUUGCAUUAUCGUAGAGAAAUUGUUCGUCGUAGUCGUUGCCAGGCGAACAGCGAGUUUUAAUGUUAACAUUGUACGGUAGAUUACGCCGCCCAUGCUACUGUCUUUGAUCGACUGUUAGCUGAUUGCCAAAAGACGAAAAACAAAAAACAGCAAAAAAAAAAAGAAAUGUACUUCCCUCUUGUUGUAUAAAGAUGCGAGAACGUGGGAGCACAAAAUCAUUCGAGUCUUUUUAACGAUAACGAUAGCAAGGAGUAAAUGAGGAUCGUGUGAAAGGGAAACAUAUUUCUGAAUGACUGUUUAAUAAUGUAAGGAGAGAUGUAAGAAAGAAAGAAAUUGACGAGAGUAAGAAGACGAUUUUCCGCUCUAUCAUUAAUGUAUUUACGUACACAAUUUAGCAUAGUGGAAAGUAAGCUAACGUUUUUAGCGUAAUAUCGACGUUCAAAGGACGCAAUAUCAUCGUCAUCGUAUGUAUGGAAACUAGAGAUGUGCGAGAACCCGAUAGUACGGGGCUCGGGCGGAUUCGGAAAAAAUCGGGUUCGGUCGGGCUCAGUCGGGCUGAUUCGAACGAGCUCCCGCGGUACUUGUUAAUAUUUGCAAUAAGCAUGUGCAAAAUCUAUUUUGUAUAAAAUAAAUAUACAGGUGACAUGGA